AUGGCAAACUUUACUAUGCACGAGGGCAAGGACAUCUGGGCUAUACCCUUGGCAGUAACUGACUUCAACGUCUUGGUGGCCCUGUUGGGCGGAUUCAUUUCGUUGUUUGGACUGGUGUCGUAUCUCUUGAAGGAGAACUACUACCUUUCUGAAGCUCUCAUAUCGCUCUUAGUGGGUGUGGCCUUUGGACCAUACGCCGCCGAUUGGAUUCGGCCUUGGUCCUACGCUGCAUGUCACCGCGAUGGCCUUACGGAUGUCCAGUGCGAUGACCGCCUGGGGGCCGUGACGCUUAACUUUUCUAGGCUGGUGCUUGGAGUACAGCUGGUUCUCGCUGGAGUCCAAUUGCCGAGCAAGUACCUUUGGAAAGAGUUAAAGCCAGUCUUGUUGCUCGUCGGCCCUGGCAUGGCGUGCAUGUGGAUGGCGACAAGUCUACUCGUCUGGGGUCUUGUAGGUACACCGAGUUUCUUGCAUGCCCUAGCUAUCGGGGCGUGUGUCACGCCUACCGAUCCUGUCUUGUCUGCUGUCAUUGUCAAGGGAAAAUUCGCCGACCAUAAUAUCCCAAAAGACCUGCAGGAUCUUAUUGUUGCCGAGUCUGGAACCAACGAUGGGCUAGGCUACCCGUUUCUCUUCUUCGCCCUGUACCUGAUCAAAUACAUCGGACCAGGGGCGACUGAAGGGGGUGCCGGCGAUGCUAUAGGCCUCUGGUUUGGGUUCACAUGGGGAUACACUAUCAUCCUGAGCGUCAUCUACGGUGCGGCAGUAGGUUGGCUAGCUAAGGAACUGCUUCACUUUGCUGAGGCCCGAGGAUACGUCGAUCGCGAAAGCUUUCUCGUCUUUGCUAUUGCCUUGGCUCUUUUUGUUCUGGGGACUUGUGGGAUGAUUGGCACUGACGAUGUUCUGGCUUGUUUUAUUGCGGGAAAUACAUUCACAUGGGACGACUGGUUCCGGAUCCAGACAAAGGAUGACUCGCUCCAACCGACGAUUGACAUGCUUCUCAAUGUCACCAUUUUCCUGUGGUACGGCGCCUACCUCCCUUGGAACUUGUUCGCUCACAAUGCCAUUAUUCCAUUGAGCCGUCUGAUUCCUCUAGGUCUCUUGGUACUCCUUUUACGACGGCUGCCAUGGGUAUAUGGCAUGCACAAAUGGAUUCAUCAGAUUCGCCAGGUACGACAGGCCAUAUUUGUGGGAUUCUUCGGGCCAAUUGGUGUGUCGGCCGUAUUCUACCUCUUUGUUAGCCUUGAAUUCAUCCAGCAGCAUCUAAGCGAUGAAAGUGGCACUCCUAGAAAGGAUGUCAAGGAUCUCGCCGAGUCAAUCAAGAUUGUUGUUUGGUUUCUCGUCGUAUGCAGCACUGUCGUUCACGGGUUGAGCAUACCUCUCGGCAAGCUGGGAUAUCUCGCACCCAGGAUCCACCGUGUGCUUAGCGAGAGCCUUAGCGAAAGCCUUAGUACUGAUCGGUACGCUGAAGCCCGUAGGCGUGUCCCUGUUCUUGGCAGGUUCAUGAGAAAGUCGGAGGACGUUGAGGCAAAUCUUGCGGCGCGAGUGCGAGGUGGCACGGCGCCCAUCACUCGGACUGGGCAGGGUGUCGUUCCUUCCAAGAUUAAGCAAUCCGAAAUGGAGUCUGGAGAGGCCCGAGGAGUCUCGAGUAGCAAUGUAGAGGGAGACAGUUCGGGGAAUCGGACAGACGUCGAGGGUGAAGCUGGAGGCUCAGGGGUGAGGACGCCGGCGAAGAGGGAGAUCCAGUUCUUUGAUGAGGCUGGAGCAAGGGGACCGGGAACAACAACGCCAUCUCGAAGCAUCAGAAGGGAAAUCCAGUUCUCUGACGAAAUGCCGGAGAAUGCAGAGGCAGCCAUUACGACUAAGAGAGGCGAAAGUGAGAUGAUUGUCAUCUGCCGACGAUGGUGGCGAUUGGGAAUGGGAAUGGGAAUGGGGGUCAAGCCACAAUGUUUGUUUUGUUCCGUAUGA